AUGGCAAUGCAUCCACCACAGUCCACGACGCCGCCGUUCGAUACACCUAUCAAAAGACCUGGCAGAGCCUUGAUAGCUUGCACGCAUUGUCGGAAACGCAAGAUCAAGUGUGUACCAGUGUCGAGUGAAGACCCCGACAGGUCACACAACAGCCCUUGCGAACGGUGCACGAAAAAACAUUUGAAAUGCGAAUACGUCCCUGUGGACGGGUCGACCCCAGCGAUGUCGUCUUCCCCUCCAGCCACAGCUCCUCCCAUCCACUGGUCCAAUGAUCCUUCCACUCCCGAAAACCGCUCAAACAGAGUGCCUGUAUAUCCCCCAUCUAAUACGGUCUGCCAUAUCCGCGACGCCGUACCGUCGCAUUAUAUAUCCUCUGAUACCUACAAUCAUACAGGAGACCAUUUAUGCUAUGGUCAUCCUUCCCACUACCAAUCCAGAGACACAGAUAGAGGUAUGGGAAUGCUCGCGUCCGACUCUUGGUCGCGGCGGGAAAACCCAGGCUUUUACACAGGCGAGAUGGAUGUCUACACGAAUCCUGGCGCGUCUGCGUACAACCAGGGUCAGGCGUCUCUUCUAUUCACGUCUACCGUUGAACCCAGGUGGUCGUCUGGUCUUAAUGGACACGGUAACCCGUAUGUGGCCGAACCAUAUCGGAGGUAG